CGGAAAGUGUGCUGCUGCGUCGGCACCGAAUCGAUUGCAGUCUGCGAGAGUACGAGCGAGAGUGAGUACGUGUGCGGCAAGCAGUCCAGCCGUCGCAAUAUGAGAGAGAUAGUUCAUAUACAGGCUGGUCAAUGCGGUAACCAGAUCGGCGCAAAGUUCUGGGAAAUUAUAUCGGACGAGCAUGGCAUUGAUCCAACUGGUGCCUACCACGGAGACUCCGAUUUGCAACUAGAACGCAUUGAAGUAUACUACAAUCAGGCAUCAGGGGGCAAAUAUGUGCCUCGUGCUAUCUUGGUGGAUCUCGAACCCGGUACGAUGGAUUCUGUUCGGUCGGGGCCUUUUGGGCAGAUAUUCAGGCCAGAUAAUUUCGUUUUUGGUCAGAGUGGAGCCGGCAACAACUGGGCAAAAGGCCACUACACGGAGGGAGCUGAACUGGUAGAUUCCGUGCUGGACGUUGUACGCAAGGAGGCAGAAGGCUGCGAUUGCUUACAGGGAUUUCAGCUAACCCACUCCCUGGGUGGUGGCACAGGUUCUGGCAUGGGCACCUUGCUUAUUUCAAAGAUUCGUGAAGAAUAUCCCGACAGAAUUAUGAAUACUUAUUCCGUUGUGCCCUCGCCCAAGGUUUCUGACACAGUUGUGGAGCCAUACAAUGCCACACUAUCGGUACACCAACUAGUAGAAAAUACUGAUGAAACUUAUUGUAUUGACAAUGAAGCCCUGUACGACAUUUGUUUUCGCACACUGAAACUUGCAAUGCCAACAUAUGGAGAUCUGAACCAUUUGGUUUCCUUAACAAUGUCUGGUGUAACAACAUGUCUAAGGUUUCCAGGACAGUUAAAUGCUGACUUGCGCAAAUUAGCAGUUAACAUGGUUCCUUUCCCACGCCUACAUUUCUUCAUGCCUGGGUUUGCCCCACUGACAGCUCGUGGCAGUCAGCAGUAUAGAGCCCUUACUGUUCCAGAGCUUACACAACAGAUGUUUGAUGCUAAGAACAUGAUGGCAGCUUGUGAUCCUCGUCAUGGUCGAUACUUGACUGUUGCAGCUAUCUUCAGAGGUAGAAUGUCCAUGAAAGAAGUGGAUGAGCAGAUGCUAAACAUCCAAAACAAAAACAGCAGCUACUUUGUAGAAUGGAUCCCAAAUAAUGUUAAAACUGCAGUGUGUGACAUUCCACCCCGUGGGCUCAAAAUGUCUGCUACGUUCAUUGGAAAUUCUACUGCUAUUCAGGAGCUCUUCAAGCGCAUAUCUGAGCAGUUUACUGCUAUGUUCCGCCGUAAAGCUUUCCUUCAUUGGUAUACUGGAGAGGGGAUGGAUGAAAUGGAGUUUACUGAGGCGGAGUCAAACAUGAAUGACCUGGUGUCAGAGUAUCAGCAGUACCAGGAAGCUACUGCAGAUGAAGAUGCAGAGUUUGAAGAAGAACAGGAGGGGGAAGUCGAGGAAAAUUGAGAUAUGCCCUUUAAUGUAUUCUAGAGAGUAUAAUUUCUGUUCCAUUUGCCGUGAAUUUUUAGGACGACACAAUUAAUGCGUACUUCGGUUAGUAUGUUUAAUGUGUAUGCUAUUGUAUGUUGUAGAUAUGACAGCAACAAUAUCAUGAACUCCUCAUUUCAAAUAUCAGCAGAGAACUUGUUAGCAAUCUCAGUUUUUAAAUUUUAUAUCAGUUUCCUAAUUUUUAUAUUAUAAAUUUUAUUAUUUAUACUAUAAAUAAAAUGUCAUUCUUGUCUGAAUUUUCAUUUAAUUUUUUUCUGAUGGCAUUCUAUGAAACUGGACGUACACACUAUAUACAACAUGCAUUACAUAUUUAAUGAAAUGAUAGCAAUAGUGAAAUUAAACUACUGACCUAUCAUUUUCAGAUAUCAGAAUAUCUUAGAUGAUGAACUUUAUAAAGCUAUGUGUAGUAUCUGAUGCACCAGCUGUUUAAUGUUUCAUAAAUUGUUGCAGAUUAGAAUAAGCACUCUUUUCAGCCAUUUAAACCACAUGUACUUUUGUUUAGUUUAGUAAAGCUUCAUAGUUUUUAAGAAAGAAUGCAGUUUUCGCAUAAUAUAGACUUGCAGGCAAGCACAAGUGGUAACUUUACCUUUUACGAACUAGCACUUUUGUAUAGCCACAGAUUUUGUUCUCAUUUUCUUCAUUUCCAUUAAGUGAAGUCAAUACUCAAUUUUCAAAUACAUACAAAUUUUUUAGCAGCAGUUCAGAGCACAUUUUAUGUUGGCACCGUAUUGUUUGCAUUUUAUAUUCUGCUAUUCUGUGGGUAAUAUUGGUGCUGCUCAAAAGGACUAGUGACGUCUGUAAAAAUGUGCAUGGAUGACAUGGUACAAAAAGGGCUUCAUUAAACAGAGAAACUGCUGUUCCAACAACCACAUAAUUAAGACACCACUGAGUUGUCCUUUACAACAAUAGAUUAAUAGUUACUGACACUAUACUUUUUUUUUGCACAGAGAGAUUAUUGUAAAGGAUAAGCACCCUGGAAGCAAGACACUACUGGCAGUAGUUUACUACUACCUCGAAUUCGAGUCUCGUCCCUUAUUUGCAUGAUCACUCAACUAACGGUUUUGUCCAGUGUACUAAUCCAGUUCAACAUUGUUAUAUUCUUAUGCUAUAUGUGCUGACAUCUAAGUGCCACAGUAACACUCAUUUUCAAAUUUUAGAGUGUCAAAUUUUAUUGUGAUUCAUUGUUAACCAUCAGUUACUAUCACGCCAUUUGUAUGUCAUAGAUGGCAUCAGUGCAGUUAAGCAGAAGAGGAGUAUCAACUCAUUGCUUUUGUAUUUUGCUGAGGGAUGUGCCCAAGAAGAUAGUGUGUCAUUCAGAUAUUAGUGUCAUUAUUCUUGCAAAAAUGUAAUUGAAACCAUUAUUGCCAUAAUCAUGGCAGUGAUACACAAAAAUUGGUAGCUUUUGGUUCAAAUGGAGUGCAGCACAAAAUAGAGAUUAAUUAGCUGUAAAGAGUUUCAUGCAUUCACAACUUUCUUUGGUAUGAACAAGGUAAUAAUCCAAUUCCAUCUGGCCCAUGGAUCUUUCUCGAAGCAUUAGAACAGAGGACUAUCUGUUGACAAUGCCACCUCUGAUCUUGCAUUGAACAAUAUGAUGUGGAAAAAUUGUUGUGGUUUUAUAUUGUGUGUACAUAAGUACUUAGGCAUUAUUGUUUAUUGGUAAUUGAACAGCCACAUUAGCUGCUGUA